CGCAGGCCGACUGUGAAGCGCCACGUGGCGGAACCCAGCGCGCAAUAUCGAGUGCGAAUUUUGUCUGGUGGUGGUUAUUUUUCGAAAGAAGGCUGAGUGAGGACGAUAGAGAAAUUUCCACGGCUGCUACCAGUUACACACCAUCGCCGGCUGCAAGCGCUCCCAGCCGGUGUAAGAACAGCGAAGGGGCGUUCGGCGCACAUUUGCGCACGUGCACGGCAGCGCUGCAACGCGUGGCAUGCAACCGAGGGCUAGAUCGUGAGCAAGAUUGCUGCGUAGUAUAGCUAUUGGGGAAAAAAGAGAAAAACCAGCGCCAAGAUUGUUUGCGGAAUGUUGUCUUUUGCGGGAUGGGGCCAGAACAGUAAGGAGAGUGGAGAUUGAAGCAGGCUGUGUGGCUCGUUUUCUGGGGCUAAGGUUGCUUCUCUCACGCGAGGCGGGCCAGCCAUGCAGGUGCUUUGCGUUCCCUGCUAGACGAGUCCACUUAUUUCAUUUUAAAUUAUCCGGGAGCUCUCCUUAACGCAAACAACUACGGACGUAGAGGGGGUAGAGAGGUGCGAGGGGAAGCAUACGUAGGGGAAAGAGUGGAGGUGGAAGGGAGCGAAAGGCGGAGGCCGACAAGAACCCGGAACAGGAAAGCACCAAGGCGCUGGCGAUGCAAACUGCAGCAAUCCAAAUGGAACCCCGCGCAUUCCUGUGCAGUACACCGCGCACCAUCACUGCACAGCUAUCGAGCUUGACGUUGGCUCGAAAAAAGACGAGUGAUAGCCGAUGCGCCACACUCGACCGGGUGCAGAUAAACUGCCAACCGGGGACUUUCGACCGUCAACAGCGAAGAUUUUGCCAACGAUUUGACUCCUGCAACUUUCACAGAAGCUCCAUCCAUGCUCUUUGGAGAUUUCGUUGGUCCACGUGGCACAUCCAGACGCGUGUGCCGGGGCUUUCAAGAACUGCACGUGGUUUUCCGUUACCACUACACCAGUCGUUCCAGGGUGCCGUCAAUAUCCGAGCAGUAUCUACAACAGAUCGACGAACAAGGAGAAGGGAUAGAGAUUCACAAGGGGGUAUCAACUCAGGAGAACUUGCAGAUCGUCUGCGGCAACUGAAUGGACUGGUGGAAGAUAUAUCAAAGACAGCCUUGAGGACUGGUCCUCGUGGGAUCCAACGGUUGUUCCAAGGGGUUGAAGCAGCGGCAACAGUUGGAGCACAGUGGCUGUCGAAACAGAGGCGUUCCACGCAAGAGACUGCAAACAUUACUCUGCCUGGCCCAGCUGAACUGCGGAAGUUCUUUGAGCGUAUGGGUGCCACAUACAUCAAAUUGGGACAGUUCAUAGCCUCCACACCAACGUUGUUCCCUGAUGAGUAUGUGCAAGAGUUUCAGAGCUGCCUGGACCAGACCCCUCCUGUGCCAUUUAAUGACAUUAAGGAAACUAUUAGGAAGGAUCUAGGUCGCCCACUUGAGCAAAUCUAUGAAUACAUUGAUCCCACUCCUCUUGCAUCAGCAUCAAUUGCCCAGGUUCACGCAGCCCGGUUGAAGGGCACGGGACGAGAUGUGGUGAUCAAAGUGCUGAAGCCCGGCGUGGAGGACACCCUCACGGCGGAUUUAAAUUUUAUCUACAUUGCAGCCCGUAUAAUUGAGUUCUUAUCCCCACAAAUAGCAAAGGGUACAUCCAUGGUUGGAAUAGUUGGAGACAUAUGUGCAAGCAUGCUAGAAGAAGUGGACUUUCUGAAAGAAGCGGUCAACAUCGAGGCUUUCAGGGAAUAUGUCAAGAAUGCAGGACUGGAGAACCAGGCGAUGGCUCCUGAGGUUUUUCGACAUGCAACCUCGCGUCGCGUUCUCACCAUGGAGCGCCUUUAUGGUGUUCCUCUCACAAAUUUGGAGGUCCUCAAAUCUAUUGUCCCUAAUCCUGAAGCCACUCUGAUUACUGCGCUCAACACGUGGUUUGGUAGCCUUGUUGCCUGUGAGACAUUCCAUGCAGAUGUCCACGCGGGAAAUGUAUUGGUUCUCAAAGACGGGCGAGUGGGCUUCAUUGAUUUUGGUAAGCCGUCGUUCAUCGUGCCAAAAUGUCAGACGCUUCCAUUACUGCCCCCUCUGGCAGCAAACCCACCUGUUCCCCGGCAUGUCCUUUUGUGCAGUGCCUAACAAGACAAUGAAGAUGGCAUGACGCC